CUCCCUGUUACCUUCACCCCCUGCCUCACUACCAACACUGCGUCUGCCUCAUCCAUCGCAGUUCUCCGUUGUUGUAAAUCCUCCACCAUGCCCCGUGUCAAAGAAUUGAACCGCAUUCGGAGCUCCCCGCCUAUCAUGAUGGACUCUGCGGACGCGCCCUCCUCCCCCGCUUCGAGUGAACCCGCCGUAUUCUCCAGUGAUGGCCCGAUGGAGAGUGCUGGUAUCGACAAUUACCAAGCACCACGCAUGAAGAGGAAGUUUGGCGGUGCUUGGUGGGACAAGCGUGACGGGAGUGCACAUCACAACGACUCUGGUAGAGACGCAACGUCCAAGAAGACCAAGUUGAAGCGAAACAUCGAUUCGGGAGUGUGGAUGCACAGCGACGACACCGACAACGACGCCAUUGCUUACAGUCUCCCAAUUGCACCCAAUCCACCUUCCGAGGAGCAUGACUACGAGAGCGACAAAUACGACAGCUCCCAGUCCCUUGAGAACUUCGUUCAUGAUAUGGUUGAUGACGGUCUCGCUUGCCAUUCAGAGUCAUACGACCUCACGGAUCUCGGUCUCGUUGACAAGGAUCUUUCACCUCUUGGAGGUCUCUCUGCUCUCAUCAAGCCACCAUUAGACCCAGGCUCUCGUGUGCCAGGCAAGGAGUACUAUCGAUCGAUGCUGCCCCAGAUCCUCCUUAACCUAAGCAAAAACUCGUUGUCCCGCCUCACGCCAUCUCUCUUCACCAUCGAGCACCUCACGACCCUCAUGCUCCCCAACAACGACAUCAAGGAGCUGCCACCCCAGAUUGGUCGGCUCACCAACCUCACCCUGCUCGACGUCUGCAACAACCGCCUGAGGUCGCUUCCCUACGACAUCAUAAAGAUGCUGACUCCGCGUGGAAAGCUGGAGCGCCUGUCUUUAAUGGGCAAUGAUCUAUUUGAAAUGGCGUCGCUCCAUCGAAUCAUCACUCUUGAUAGCGAGUCGCUACUCCAUACCACAACUUUUGAGAGACGCAAGGCCUACUUAGACUCCUACCGAACUGGUCUACUUGAGGGGGAUUCAGCCGCUGCAGUCUGUCUCACCAAAUAUCUAGAAGAAGUUGAGAAAGUCUGCGAUCCUGAUCAAGUGUCGCUCUACUCCAAGAUCUCGAUCGCUGGCACAAAAGAGACACAGACCCCCCUAUUUCACAUUGGCAACACGGCGCCAACCUACUACGACGACGCAGGGCGACGCCUUCGCGGAUCCCCGCGGCAGCCCACUGGGGAUGGCUGCACAGCCGACGUCAUCGUAAAGAUGAAAGACGGCACCUGGGGAAGCCCCUCAAGCUGGUUUUCCCGCCCUGGGAUGUUGGUGCCAUCGCUGUUCUCGCUUUGCGGUAAGACUGCGCUAGAGCACCUGUCAACACUCGAAACCCGGGCCAUGAUGGCGAGGAGCGGCGUCGAGCUCUUCAACCUCGACAGAUUCCUAGACAUCGCAGACGACAACCACGAACUGGUCUUCGGACCCUUCCGCAACUGCCACCAAUGCGGAAAGAAAUAUGUCGUUGCUCGAGCGGAGUGGCUCGAGUUUUGGUAUCGUCCAGUGAAUUUCGUGCCCUUCAGGGUGGAGGUCUGCUCCUGGGCCUGUGUCCCAGAUGAGGUUGCGCUGGAGUAGGGGGCCGCGGCGGGGAGAGGAAAGGGGAACGGUGGCAAGCAGAUAGUACGAUAGUAUCAUCGGCAUUUCGUAGUAGAAAUUAGCUUCUAAUCACAGGAGGGAUUUGGGGGCUGGGAGUUUGAAUGUGG